AUCCUCGCAUACAAAAAGAUAGCUAAAGAAAAAGAAGAGAAAGAAAAAAAAGAAAGAGAAACCCAUUAGUACCUCUCUUGUUUCUUUCCUGUCUUUGCUUUGCUUUCCAUGUAAUCCCUCUUUGGGCUUAGCCUACUUUCCCACCUCUUCUUUGUCUCUUCAACAAAUUCGCUUCUCAGGCUUACACUGUCCUUUUGCAUAUGUAUUGUUCAAUUGCAGUGCAUUAUAAUUUUGCUCUUUAGGUUCUUGCUAUAUGCUUAAUCAUGCCAUCCUGUUUGCAGUAUUCAUAAGGUACUCCUUUUGAUCUUUAUUAUUUCUCUAGUGUCUAAAGGGCUAUUCCUACAUAGGAAGAAGAGAGAUUAUGUCGGAAGUGAUAGUAAGUUAAAUUGUUUUAAGAGUUUUUAUCGACUUGCUAUGGGGUCUGCUGGUAAUACAAAAACCUGGGUGCCGUACAUGACCACCAAAGACUGUUCUCAAGGUUUUUGUAGCUUGUAUUGUCCACAAUGGUGCUACAUCAUUUACCCUCCACCACCUCCAAUAGAAUUCGCGGUUAAUCCUACAGGCCCGAAUUUCUCCCCUCUUGUGAUUGCGAUCAUUGGUAUUCUGGCCAGUGCUUUUCUUCUAGUAAGUUACUACACAAUAAUAUCUAAAUAUUGUGGGAACUCGGACUCCUCUAGUAGAAGAGAGAAUCAUGAAACUGAUGAAGUAAUGGAACACAAUCACAACCCAUAUAUGCAUGAGCCAUGGCAGAAUUCAACUGCCGGACUGGACGAGGCUUUGAUCAAGUCCAUUGCGAUUUUCAAAUACAGAAAGGGCGAUGGCUUGAUGGAAGGAACGGAUUGUUCAGUCUGCCUCAACGAGUUCCAAGAAGACGAGAGUUUGAGGCUGUUGCCUAAAUGUAGUCAUGCAUUCCAUGUCCACUGCAUUGAUACCUGGCUUAGGUCUCACUCAAAUUGCCCUUUGUGUCGUGCUAAUAUAAUCUUUAUUACUGCUUCACCAACACCUCCAUUGCCACCUCCAGUACUGACAGAAACUCCUUCAGUCAAUGAAUCCUUGCAGGAUAGGCAACCAUCCAGAAAUGAAAAUCCAGCUGAUGAAAGACUUUCAGAAAGGGUUUUCAUUCCAAAGAUUCCAUGUCGUACUUUGAGUGAUCUAGGGAACAUGCAAGGAGGAGAUGCGGUGAUUCAUAUCAGAGAAGAAGGUUAUCAACCAAUGAGAAGAUCAGUGUCGAUGGAUCAUUUCUGUCAACCCCAACUUUCAGUUGCAGACAUUUUGCAUAGGAAUCAAGAGGGAGAUCACAGCAGAGGUGAAGGGUACCAUUUCUCAUUAGGUAUGGCUGGAUCAUCAAAACAAUCAGCAGAAGGCAGUAAGGUUAGCAAUAGAAUGAGUGUGUUGCACCUUGUAAUCAACCCUGCUGCAAUGAAGAGAUCCUUUUCCAGUGGUAGAUUCUUUCUUACUAGGCAAGGAAGAGUAAGAGAUCCAUCUAUUCCUCUUUAAAAAUAUAUAUGCAUAUAUUCCUCGUUGUAUAAUCAUGAUUCAUGAAAAUGAUAAGAGAGAUUGUGUGACUGUCUAAUAGCUAGCUAUAUCCGUAAUUGGUAAAGAUGGUCCAAGUGAGACAACUUGUGAAAGCCAAAAAUUAUUUCAAUGUUUUAGAACUUCCCCAUUUCUUUUGUUAGUA